AAACACAAUUUUAAAUUCAGUUUAAUAAUAUUGAACUAGAAGAUUCUUCAAGCGUCACGAUGGUUAAUGUAUUAUCAUUUUCAAAUAAAUCCGGUAAUUAAAAAUAAAAUUCAAUUAUUUUGUGCAAGUUUGUUGAUUAUCCAUGGCAACACGUUUAUUUAUGACACAUAUAAUCAUUCACAUGGCAAUAAUAAAAAUUGCAACUUGAAAAGUGUCCAAUAAUGCCACUUCCACCUUUGAAUAUCAAAGCUCCAAGCUUUAAAGGCACGGCAGUUUUACAGAAGGAUUUCAAAGAAAUAUCCUUGUCCGAUUAUCGGGGGAAGUACGUCAUAUUGUUUUUUUACCCAUUGGAUUUUACGUUCGUGUGUCCAACUGAAAUAAUUGCUUUUUCCGACCGAUUGAAGGACUUCAAGGCGUUAAACGCUGAGGUAAUUGCUGUGUCGACCGAUUCUGAAUACUCUCAUUUGGCGUGGUUGAAUAUUCCACGUAUGAAAGGGGGAAUUGAAGAUGUGUCAAUUCCCCUCUUGUCAGAUAAGUCAAUGAAAAUAUCAAAAGAUUAUGGGGUGUUGGAUGAGUCAACUGGUAUACCAUUUAGAGGACUGUUCAUUAUUGAUAGAACUGGUGUCCUUAGGCAAAUAACAGUGAAUGAUUUGCCAGUAGGUAGGUCUGUUGAUGAGAUUCUUCGCCUUGUUCAAGCCUUUCAGCACGCCGACGAAUAUGGAGAAGUUUGUCCAGCUGGAUGGAGGCCAGGAUCACAAUCGAUUAAACCUACUCCACAAGGAAGUCAAGUCUAUUUUAGUUCUAAACCUGAGUCAUUGUGAAAUGUUCAAUCUAGUGGUUAAUAAAUUAAUAAGUUAAUUAAUA